ACGAGGCGCCAGGAAUCAGCUGACGGGGAAAGUCAUAUGACUGUGCGAGGAUGGAGGUCCUGAAGAGUGCUCUGCUCCUGUGCUUCGCUGUUCUUGCAGGCUGGGCGGCGCCGGCCCCGGGCGGGGGUCGGGAGAGCUGGGGGUACGUGGACGUGCGAGACAGGGCGCACAUGUUUUGGUGGCUGUACUACUCCAACAACCCCUCCAAGAACUUCACACAGCUGCCUCUGGUCAUGUGGCUGCAGGGCGGCCCCGGGGGAUCUGGCUGCGGGUUCGGGAACUUCGAAGAGAUCGGGCCUCUGGACAGGGACCUGCGGCCGAGGAACACCACCUGGGUCCAGGCAGCCAGCGUGCUGUUUGUGGAUAACCCCGUGGGCACGGGCUACAGCUACACGGACAGCGAGGGCGCCCUGGCCAGGGACGUGGCCACCGUGGCCUCCGACAUGAUGGUCCUGCUGACCGCCUUCUUCAAGGCCCAGCCAGAGUUCCAGAGUGUCCCCUUCUACAUCUUCUCCGAGUCCUACGGAGGCAAAAUGGCUUCGGCUAUUUCCCUGAGCCUGCACGAGGCUGUGCAGAAGGGCCUGAUCAAGUGCAGAUUUGCUGGAGUUGCUCUUGGAGACUCGUGGAUUUCUCCUCUAGAUUCGGUUCUGUCCUGGGGGCCCUACCUGUACAGCACAUCCCUGCUGGACGACCGCGGGCUGGAGGAGGUCAACGCAGCAGCGAUGGCGGUGAAGCAGGCGAUGGAGCAGGGAGAUUUCCAGAAGGCCACCGAGCUCUGGUCCAACACUGAGACCGUGGUGGAGCAGAACACCAACGGGGUGAACUUCUACAACAUCCUGACCCAGGACCCCGAUGAGGCACGGAAGGCUGUGGCAAAAAAUGGAUACCGUGUCUCCCUGCAGCGCCGCUGCCUCGGCCCGCUGCACGGACAGACGCUCAGCCAGCUGAUGAACGGGCCCAUCCGAGACAAGCUCAAGAUCAUUCCCAGCAGGGUCACCUGGGGAGGUCAGGCCUCGGACGUCUUCGUCAGCAUGGAGGGGGACUUCAUGAAGCCAGUGGUGGACAUAGUGGACCAGCUUCUGGCAGCCGGGGUCAAUGUGACUGUCUACAAUGGACAGCUGGACCUCAUCGUGGACACCAUGGGUCAGGAGGCCUGGGUGAAGAGGCUGAAGUGGGCGGGACUUCCUGCAUUUAGUAAGAUGAGAUGGACAGCUGUGGAUGACCCCGCCUCCCAUGGCCAGACGGGAGCCUUCUACAAGACCUACCAGAACUUCGCUUUCUACUGGAUCCUCAAGGCCGGACACAUGAUCCCUUCGGACCAGGGCGGGAUGGCCCUGGAGAUGCUGAAGAUGGUGACGCAGCAGGAGUGACCCGGGCCAAGGGCAACGGGGCCAUCGCCGGAGACAAUCAUGUCCACUGACCGUGACCACUGCUACCCACUGUGACCACUGCUACCCACUCCCACUCCCGCUGCCUUCUCUGUUUCAGUGCGCUCGCGAGUCAAGAGGAAGUACCAAAAACAAUGUUUUUUUUUAAUUUCCAGAACAAUGCUUUAAAACUGUUGGUAAAGAUAAUAAAAGAUGUUUUUUUUACAAAUCUCAUCUCAUCUUCUGUCCAGUUGUCCUCUGCCUUGUGCCUCUUGUUUUCCUGGUGUUCUGGCCCCGGGCACUUUCACUCUGAUACGUGCAGAAGGAGGGGGACACGCCAGUUGAAUGACGUUGACUGACAUGAUGCACUUUAAACUCUUCUCAUGCUGAACC